UUAAUUGUAAUAAAAAUCACAUAGUUGAAGAAAGUCAUUUUGAUAAGCACGCGUCUUCGGGUUUAUCAGUGAUGUAGUAACAUAUUCUAAAUUUUACAUUGACCUCACUGACUCGUGCAGUAUCAGAAGUGUAAUACAAUUUUAUUAUAUUUUAGAAUAAGAGACAUCUUGCAUUAUAGUAUACACUUUUCUCUUGUCACUUUAUUAUUGUAAACUGAAUGAAAUUGGUGAACGCACGAUGCUAUUUAUAGAAAGUCGUUUUAUAUUUUUUGUGUGAUUAUAUGGUGAAAUAUCAAGAAUAUUCAAUUAUAUAAAUGUGAAUUUAUUACGUAUCAUUAUGUCCUCAACUCGUUCUAUAAAAAACUUAAAAGGCAAAAUAAUAGCAAUUAGAAGAGAAGAUCAAUCAGUAUGGGAAAGAAGAGCUCCUUUAGCACCUACGAAUGUUCGUCGAUUAAUUAGGGCAGGAGUAAAAGUAAUUGUGCAACCUAGUAAUAGAAGAGCGUACCCUGCACAUGCCUAUCAAGCUGCAGGUGCUACAUUGCAAGAGGAUAUUAGUUCUGCCUCUAUUAUUUUUGGUGUGAAGCAAGUACCUGUGGAUCAACUUAUAUCCAAUAAAACUUACUGUCUUUUCUCUCAUACUAUCAAGGCACAAGAAAGUAAUAUGCCUCUCCUAGAUGCCAUUCUAGAAAAGAAUAUACGUUUAUUAGAUUAUGAAAAACUAACAGAUGAUAAUGGACAAAGAGUGGUUGCAUUCGGGAAAUAUGCUGGCGUAGCUGGCAUGAUAAACAUAUUACAUGGACUUGGAUUAAGAUUACUUGCACUGGGACAUCAUACACCAUUCAUGCAUAUUGGCCCCGCGCAUAAUUAUAGAGAUUCCGCUAUGGCACGACAAGCCAUACGAGGUGCAGGAUAUGAGAUAGCAUUAGGUGCUAUGCCAAAGUCAAUUGGACCACUAACUUUUAUUUUCACUGGUAGUGGUAAUGUAAGUCAGGGCGGUCAAGAAGUUUUUCAAGAACUUCCUCACGAAUAUGUACCACCGGAAAUGCUGAGAAAAGUUGCCGAACAUGGCGAUACAACGAAGAUAUAUGGAUGCGAGGUAAGACGAAGGCAUCAUCUUGAAAGAAAAGAUGGAGGUGGUUUUGAUUCUGAUGAAUGUGACAAGCAUCCUGAGAGAUAUAUUUCCACUUUCAGCAAAAAGAUUGCACCAUACGCAUCAGUGAUAAUAAAUGGAAUAUAUUGGGCUGUUGGUUCGCCUAAAUUAAUAACUAUACCAGAUGCGAAAUAUUUGCUAAGACCAGCAUAUACUCCUUGGUUACCAUCAAGUAUUGGUGCCCCUACUUUACCUCACCGAAUAUUAGCUAUCUGUGAUAUAUCUGCAGAUCCUGGAGGCAGUAUUGAAUUCAUGAAUGAAUGUACAACAAUUGACACACCAUUUUGUUUAUACGAUGCUGAUCGUAACAAGGAUACGAAAUCUUUUAAAGGACCUGGGGUAUUAGUCUGUUCAAUUGAUAAUAUGCCAACUCAGCUACCAAAAGAAUCUACAGAUUUCUUCGGAAAUCUUUUAUAUCCUUAUGCAUUGGAUAUUAUUCAGUCGGAUGCAAAAGUACCUCUUGAAGAACAUAAUUUCAGUCCAGCAGUGUAUGAUGCAAUAAUAGCAUCCAACGGAAAAUUAACACCCAAUUUUGAAUACAUUCAAGAAUUAAGAUUACUAAAUCACCGUUGUAAACAUACAGCAGAUAGUGGUGAAAUACGAAGUAAAAAGGUGGUUGUCCUUGGUGCUGGCCAUGUUUCCGCCCCAUUGGUUGAAUAUUUACACAGAAAUAGUAAUAUACACAUAACUGUUGCAUCUCAACUGAAAGAAGAAGCAGAUAUAUUAGCAAACAAUUUUGCCGGUGUGGAAUCGGUUCUAUUAGAUGUAAUUGAACGUCCUGACACUUUAAACGAUAUUGUCAAAUCGGCGGAUGUAGUAGUUUCAUUGUUACCAUAUUCAUUACAUCAUGUCAUCGCAAAUGUAUGCAUACAUAAUAAAACUCACUUAGUAACAGCAAGUUAUACAAAUGAAGAUGUUAAAGCUUUACAUGAAAAGGCUCUUGCAGCGGACGUAACUAUACUUAAUGAAAUAGGAUUAGAUCCUGGUAUUGAUCACUUGUUGGCUUUAGAAUGUUUUGAUAACGUUAAGCAAGCUGGUGGAAAAAUUGAAUCUUUUAUAUCGUGGUGUGGCGGCUUACCUGCUCCAGAAUGUUCGUCUAAUCCUUUACGAUAUAAAUUUAGUUGGUCACCACGAGGAGUGUUAUUAAAUACCUUAGCAUCGGCUAAAUUUUAUUCUAACAGACAAAUUGUAGAAAUACAGCCAGGAGAUCUUAUGUCUGCCGUUCAAGAUUUAGACUUUUUACCCGGUUUUGCAUUGGAAGGUUUCCCUAAUCGAGACAGUACAAUUUAUAAAGAUUUAUACGGACUCAGUAAUGUUAAUACAGUACUGCGAGGUACAUUGAGAUUUAAAGGUUUUUGCAACACAAUACAAGCUUUACAAUUUCUUGGAUUAACGGAUCCUAAUCCACAUCCAUCCUUGCAUCCAAAUGGUCCAGAUAUUACAUGGAGAGUAUUAAUUUGCAAUUUACUUGGUUUGGCGAACGAUAAUAUCUUUUAUGAAAAUUUGAAAAGAAAGUUGGCAGAAAUGCUAAAUUCAGAAGAAAGCGUAAAAACAAUUGAAGAUUUGGGACUUCUUGAAGAAGAUUUAGUACUGAAAUUAAAUACUCCUCUUGAUACUCUGACACAUUUUUUGUCGAAAAAGCUGUGUUAUGAUAAAAAUGAACGAGAUCUGGUAAUUUUAAGACACAAUAUUGGAAUACUUUGGCCAGAUAACAGAAGAGAAAACAGAGGAAUUAAUUUAGUGCUGUAUGGUGAACCACGAGGCUACUCUGCCAUGGCGCGCACUGUUGGGUAUCCAACGGCAAUUGCAGUUAAAAUGAUUCUUGAUGAUGAAAUUCAACAACGAGGUGUGGUUCUUCCAUUUACUCCUGAUAUUUAUCGACCUAUACUUAAUCGAAUAAAAGCUGAAGGAAUAGAAUUCUUUGAGACAUCCACAUGGGUUUGACAUAUUUGUAAUAUUAACAAUAUUGUUAACAAUAAUAUUAAUAAUAUAAUAUUAUUAAUAAUUUUAAAUAUGAUAUAUUUAAAACAGAAAA